AUGACGACUGUUAUUGAGACGCAGGUGCAGUAUAACACCUACAUGAUGUCUACGGAAGACUACAUGACUCAGGAGGAUGACUGGGACAGGGACCUUCUGCUGGACCCUGCCUGGGAGAAACAGCAGAGAAAGACAUUCACGGCAUGGUGCAACUCUCAUCUGCGUAAAGCAGGAACUCAGAUCGAGAACAUUGAAGAGGAUUUCAGGAAUGGCCUCAAACUCAUGCUGCUGCUCGAGGUCAUCUCAGGUGAGAGACUGCCCAAGCCUGACAAAGGAAAGAUGCGUUUCCACAAGAUCGCCAAUGUCAACAAGGCUCUGGAUUAUAUCUCUAGCAAAGGAGUCAAACUGGUGUCCAUUGGUGCUGAAGAGAUUGUUGAUGGCAAUCUGAAAAUGACUCUGGGAAUGAUCUGGACCAUCAUUCUCCGUUUCGCUAUCCAGGACAUUUCUGUGGAGGAGACGUCUGCUAAAGAGGGUCUGCUGCUGUGGUGUCAGAGGAAGACGGCCCCCUACAGGAACGUCAACGUACAGAACUUCCACAUCAGCUGGAAGGACGGCCUCGCUCUGUGCGCCCUCAUCCACAGACACAGACCAGACCUCAUCGACUACUCUAAACUCAGAAAGGAUGACCCUAUUGGAAACCUGAACACUGCGUUUGAGGUGGCAGAGAAGUACCUGGACAUCCCGAAGAUGCUGGACGCUGAAGACAUCGUCAACACCCCUAAACCUGAUGAGAAAGCCAUCAUGACCUACGUGUCCUGCUUUUACCAUGCUUUCGCUGGUGCCGAGCAGGCCGAGACCGCGGCUAACAGGAUCUGUAAGGUUCUGGCUGUGAACCAGGAGAACGAACGGCUGAUGGAGGAGUAUGAGAAACUGGCCAGUGAGUUGUUGGAGUGGAUCCGUCGCACCAUCCCAUGGCUGGAGAACCGCGUGGCGGAGCAGACCAUGCGCGCCAUGCAGCAGAAACUGGAGGAUUUCCGCGACUACAGGCGCGUCCACAAGCCUCCACGCGUUCAGGAGAAGUGCCAGCUGGAGAUCAACUUCAACACCCUGCAGACCAAACUCCGCCUGAGCAACCGCCCGGCCUUCAUGCCCUCCGAGGGCAAGAUGGUGUCGGAUAUUGCUAACGCAUGGAAAGGUCUCGAGCAGGUAGAGAAGGGUUAUGAGGAAUGGCUGCUCACCGAGAUCCGUCGUCUGGAGAGACUCGAUCAUCUGGCGGAGAAGUUCAAGCAGAAAUGCUCCCUGCAUGAGUCCUGGACCGCAGGAAAGGAGCAGCUGCUGUCUCAGAAGGACUAUGAGACGGCCUCUCUAAUGGAGAUCAGGGCUCUGAUGAGGAAGCACGAGGCGUUUGAGAGUGACCUGGCUGCCCAUCAGGACCGAGUGGAGCAGAUCGCAGCCAUCGCUCAAGAGCUGAAUGAGUUAGACUAUCAUGAUGCUGCUUCAGUGAACACCCGCUGCCAGGGCAUCUGUGACCAGUGGGACAACCUGGGAACCCUGACCCAGAAGAGAAGAGACGCUCUAGAGCGUGUAGAAAAACUCUGGGAGACGAUUGAUCAGCUGUACCUGGAGUUCGCCAAGAGGGCGGCGCCCUUCAACAACUGGAUGGAUGGAGCCAUGGAGGAUCUGCAGGACAUGUUCAUCGUGCACAGCAUCGAGGAGAUCCAGAGUCUGAUCACAGCUCACGAUCAGUACAAGGCCACCCUGCCAGAAGCCGAUAAGGAGCGCAUCGCCAUCAUGGGCAUCCAGAACGAGAUCACCAAGAUCGCCCAGACCUACGGCAUCAAGCUGGUCGGAGUCAAUCCCUACACGGUCCUCAGCCCACAGGACAUCACCAACAAAUGGGAGGCAGUGAAGCAGCUGGUUCCCCUCAGAGACCAGAUGCUGCAGGAGGAGGUUGCCAGGCAACAGGCCAAUGAGAGGCUGCGGCGCUCCUUCGCCGCUCAGGCCAACAUCAUCGGACCCUGGAUUCAGACCAAGAUGGAGGAGAUCGGUCACGUGUCGGUGGAUAUCACCGGCUCUCUGGAGGAACAGAUGAAUAAUCUGAAGCAGUACGAGCAGAACAUCAUCAACUACAAAUCCAACAUUGACAAACAGGAGGGAGAUCACCAGCUCAUUCAGGAGGCGCUCAUCUUCGACAACAAACACACAAACUACACCAUGGAGCACGUCCGUGUGGGCUGGGAGCAGCUGCUCACCACCAUCGCUCGCACCAUCAACGAGGUGGAGAACCAGAUCCUGACCCGCGACGCCAAGGGCAUCAGCCAGGAGCAACUCAACGAGUUCAGAGCCUCCUUCAACCACUUCGACAGGAAGAGAAACGGCAUGAUGGACCCCGACGAUUUCCGCGCAUGUCUGAUCUCCAUGGGUUACGAUCUGGGUGAGGUGGAGUUUGCCCGCAUCAUGACCCUGGUGGACCCCAACAACACAGGCGUGGUGACCUUCCAGGCCUUCAUCGACUUCAUGACACGCGAGACAGCUGAAACCGACACUGCUGAACAGGUCAUGGCCUCCUUCAAGAUCCUGGCCUCCGACAAGCCCUACAUCACCGUGGAGGAGCUUCGUCGUGAACUCCCACCCGAGCAGGCCGAGUACUGCAUCAGCCGCAUGACCAAGUACAUCGGCCCUGAGGUGGCCCUUGGAGCCCUGGAUUACAUCUCCUUCUCCAGCGCCCUCUAUGGAGAGAGCGAUUUAUAAACGCGCUGAAUGUCUUUCUUUUUCUCUUUCUUUCCUCUCAUCUUCCUCUCUCCUCUCGUUUUCUCCAAGCCCCCAAAUGUAGCUUUCGAUCUACAAGGGAGUUGGUAAUAUCCCUCGUUUCCCCUCUGUUUUUCUGUCUGCUAGCUUUAACAUCAUAUUUGUACUACAUCCACCCUGUAAAGGACGUGUAACGGGGGGGUUUAAUCUCGCUGUCACUCAAAUUGUGUUCAAUUUGGAUGCCAAACCCUCCUAUAUGCAUCUCAUAUGAUGAGUCUAAAGUCAGCAUGGAAUUAAACCAACCCCAUUUACGUUCCUAAUUCACGUUUUUGUGAAUAAUUCUUCAUUGCAGUUUAGGAUCUUUCAUUGAAAUGUAAUAACUAAUAAUAAUAAUAAUAUAAUAACGACUUUCGUUUUCAGAUGCUGUCAUCUAGGCCGGAAACAAUCAAAAAGCUGCAAUCACAAUGUAAAUGUAAAAUGGGUUAUAAACACCGUUUCAUGUUGACUUUUGCACGCUGAGCCAAAUCGUCCCUCUCUGUGCCAAAUAAAACCUUCCAACAUGGUAAAAGAUAUAUUAAAAAGUGUGUUUGCUAAAGAGCGCUUGUGAAGAUGCAUGCUGCGUUGAUUCUGCAGACAUUAAUAUGCAAGAGAGCCCCCCUCUUCGUUAAGUCUGUACUUUAUUUUAAGACCCCAAAAAGCACUACUGCUGUCCAGUGUCUUCUUAAUAUGAAACUGUGAGAACAACUGAAUAGUCUCUACACAGAACAUGGUGUCUCUGUAUGUUGUGUUGUCAUGUUUACCCCCUUAAUAUCGUUUAUGAUGUACGUCGUCACUGUUCGGAGGCAAAUUCUUUAUUUGUUUUCCUUCUAUUUGGAGAUUUUGUGCCAAAAUUAUCAACAAAAGCCAGUAACUGAACUUAAAGAUGUAAUGGCAGAGUGUAUGUGUUGUACUGACCGGAAAGGUUUCUGCUAGUCAAAGAGCUAAACGAAAACCAGGUUUGCCUUAAAACCGACUGUAAGCACCAGGUACGUACAAGACAGUAUUUUAAGAGUUUUGUUAUUCACACUCCUGUCAUUUAAAGGUAAUAGUUCACUCAAAAUAAUAAAGUUCUGUCAAUAUUUACUCACCCUCAUGUCAUUGCAAGCGUUUAUGAUAUUCUGUAAGUCUAAAUCAGCUGACCAGGGUCUGUCAAGAAGUGUACUCCAUAUUAUGUUUUGAAGAUAUAUAACAGCUUGCGAAAAGCAGACCCUAAUAAGGCCCGUUCACAAGAACGAUAACUAUAUUAGCGUCCACACCAACAGACAAUAACGUUCAGUUUAUUAUAAGUGCGCGCUUCCUUUGUCUUCUGCCGCUUUAAAUGUUCGCGCGCUUUAACGCUGGGUGGAUUCUGAUUGGCUGUCGAUGCUUUUUAACGUUCUGAAAAAAAUUCUGAAAAAGUUAACAAAUUGUUGUGGCGGGAACGUCCCGAUUUUUCACAGAAGGAUUAUAUAAGGCUUUAUAGUUAUCUGUGAAGACAAGAAAAACAUUAUGGUUUUAAAUGCGAGUGAAUGAUGACGGUUUUUAUUUUAGGGGAACUAUUCCUUUGAGAGCAGUGUUGGAAGUUUUGGAAGGAGGCAGAAGGUUCUGAUACCUUCAUCCUCAGGCAGGCCUUGACGUCAAGGAUAUGGUCUAGUUUCUAUUGGCGAUAUUUAAAUAAUUUCAAUUACAGAUGUUGUUUGUUGAUGAUUAUACAUCAUGAUGUGAUUUCUGGGUAAAAGUAUUUCACUGACCUUUCAGGUCGCCUCAUUGUGAUCACCUCUCUGUCUCCGAUGGGUCUCCAUUUCCUCGAACGCCUUUCAAACACAGAACAAUUAAAAGUUAAACCAAAAAACCCAGAAUAAAACAUCUCAAUCGGC